GAGCGCGACUUUGAGACGUGUUCACUUGGACCAGCUACAGCAGCAGCCAUACAAUUCGGAAGCAAUGAGACUGUCGACAGCGGCCUGGCUCUUGCACAGCAUCGCGGCUGCCUCUGCAGCUGCAAAGGGCUGGUCUUUCUCUGCAGGCAAGCUUGAGAUUGCAGAUACACCCUAUCCUUUCGCCGUGGGUGCAGCCGACACAAACCUGGCGCGUGUUCCACUGACUGUGGGACAAAAGUUGAAGCUGUCCAUGACGGUGAAGACUGCUGCAGAUGAAGCAAAGAAGCCGCAUCAGUGUAUCUUGCUCAUUGAGGGUGCAUACAAGCCAUCGGCCGAUGGUGAGGAGAAUGCCGCUGAGCGAUUGAUUGAAGCGAGUAUCGUCGUGCCAGUCAAGUCCAAUGGCCGUGCAACGCUAGUACUCUCGCGCAGCGACUUUUCCUCUUACUUGCUGGCUUCUGACAAGCCCUUGACGUUGACUCUGGUGAUUGGUGGAUUCGAGGGAGCUCCCCUGAAGCAAAAGAUUGCCUUGCUCAAUGUGCAGGGUGAUCCCAAAAAGGCGUUGGCUGCACGAAAGGACUUUGCUGCUGAAGAAUCCCAGCGUAUUGUCUAUGGACCCAGAAAGACCAUUCAUCACACCUUCAAGCCCGACCAGCGAAUGCCACCCGUCUUCCUCUCCGGCUUGUACGCGUUGGCUGCCCUAGGGGCCUUUUUGGUGCUCUUGAUGGGCUGGUUCGGCAUUCUUGGCGCCAACUUCAACCACAUGCAAAAAGCAGCCAGCAGGCAACCACUUGGUUAUGCUGUCUUCUUGUUUGCUCUAUCGGGCGUGGAACUCCUCUUCUUCAUUUAUUGGUCUGGAUGGACAAUCAUGCCAGUGCUUGGUCUGACCAUCCUCUUUGGCAUCACACUCUUCUUCAGUGGUCGACCUGUCCUGGCCGAAGUAGCCAGUCGUCGUGCCGCUGGCCUGCGAUGAGGCUAUUGGAAUUUAGAUGAUAGGUCUUCUUUACUCUAGAUGAAGCCUCUUUUGAUGCCUCUUGUUGCUU